UGUGUGUGGCGCACGCAGGAGAUAGCUGUAAUGAGAAUCACAGGACGCGUCAGUCAUCAGCUCCUCUUGCGCACUCGCCACUGACAUUAGUAUGGCUACUUGAAACGUUUUACUAGUACGUUUAUGUUGCCGCAUUUAAAAGUAUCCAAAACUAUUUUGCAUGCGAGUUUGUGGCACACGAAAGAUGGACAAACAACCCAGCCGGUGUGGAACGUGAGCACCGGAAGUGAUUCACCGACGGGAUUUGGAUUUGUUGUUGCGCGUCUGUCUUCCUUGGCGGCGGACACCGCGUUCCACAAUCGUCUCCGUGAAAUGUUUGUGGAUCUUUUCAUUCAGUUUCGCAACAGGCUGUGAUACGAUUCAUUCAGACAAAUAUGUGGACAGGGACCUUAGUGUAAAACUGGCACGAUGACAAGUUUUGUUUUUGGUGUCGUUUACGUUCCAUAGUGCAGACUGCAUUUGCAGAUGAUAGUCUGCGUAAAGCUGCGCAUGGUCUGUUGUCAUUGUGUGUUUCGGGCAUUUUCUAUAUCGGAAUGAUUCGUAGAUACUAAUCUUAUCUCUCCAAUGAAUUUUACACAUGGUGAAGUUGGGAGAGGACACCCCCUGCUGUAGAAGAAGGCUGUCAUCAGUGGCCGCUAAUUGGAUGCGCUAUCCCAUGGAUUAAGCCAUGUCCGUCCAUCCUCUUUCCAGAAGGAGCAGUGCUAAAAUGGCGAUUAAUGUCAGAAAUCACCAUCGAUUGUAGAUUAAAAUAGAGUUUCCAUAGAUUGAUUGGUCUUCUGGUUGAAAUAGCAAGAUGGACUAUCGGCGGAAGAGGAAGCUUACCUUUUUUACUAUUGGAUUAAUCUUUCUCUUCAGUGGAAUUGAAUACGCGGUGAUCUUGCCCACCAUAUGGAGGUACCUGCAGACCCUGGGGGCGGCGCCCUACUUCCUGGGUCUCGGCCUAUCAGCAUUCAGCCUCAGCGGCCUUCUCUCCGGGCCGCUGUUUGGCCUGUGGUCGGACCGGACGCGCACCACCAAGAGGAUCAUCCUGUUCGCCAACCUCUUCGAGAUCAUUGGUAAUUUCAUGUACUUCAUGGGCUACUCCAAAUGGUUGCUUUUGGCCAGUCGUCUGAUCGCAGGUAUUGGUACGGGUGCUGGGUCCUCCAUCUUUGGCUUCCUGACGCGUAGCACGGCUCCUGAAGACCGUUCCACUGUGUUCGCCGCCGUCAUGGCCUGCCGUCAAGCUGGCCUGCUGAUCGGCCCAGCCUUUAACCUCUUCCUGCGGCUCUUUGAUUUCCAGCUGGGCCCCUUUGUAGUCAACAAGUACACAUCACCAGGGCUCUUCAUGUGCUUCAUGUGGCUCCUGCUGCAAGUUGCCGUGAUGGUGAUGUACUGGGACAUCCCCCCUCAACAGGAAAUGACCAAUCACAGCGAAGCAAGGGCCGUCGUCGUGGAGACGGAGAGGGAUGGGGAUGGGGAUGGGGAGGAGGGGGAAGAGGAUGGGAAGGGUGAUGACAAUGACGAUGACGUGCUGAUCGGGGACGAAGAGGACAAGCCUCUGGUGGGCACCCAGGAAUCCCUGGGCACCUACGGCACGCUGCCCAGUGAGCCCAGCAGGCCCGUGGCCAACGGCAGCCUGCACCACCCAGAGCCGCCUGGAUCCCCCGAGCACGGAGAGGACCCGGGGAAACGCAGCCCUCUGAAGUUGCUGAGCGCCAGCAGAGAGUUCCUGAAGGAGGAAGUGGUGGUGUUGCUGACUGCUCAGUUCAUCACUCUUUUCAACCAGACAGCACUUGAGACCAUGGUGACCCCGCUGACCCAGAAGUACUUCAACUUCGGGGAGCUGGAGAACAGCAUCAUGUACUGUGUGUGCGGCGUGGAGGUGAUCCUGGGCUUCUUCUUCGUGCGCUGGCUGAGCAAGCGUUAUGACGAGCGCGUGGUGCUGGCGGUGGGCCUCAUCAUCUGCAACAUCUCCUGCGUCUGGUGCCUCAUCUUCCUCGCCAACCCUGCAGGUAGCUACCCGUGGCAGCUGGCGGAGUUUAUCGCUGGGGUGUUCCUGCAGGUCCUCGGUCUUCCCUUUGUGGCAGUGGCACAGGUGUCCCUUUUCUCCAAGGUCACUGCUGAGAAGACACAAGGGUUCAGCCAGGGGGUGCGGCGUUCAGUUGGGGGUCUGGCCACCAUUUUGGGACCACUCUGGGCUGGGGGCCUGACCAACAACCUGUACAUCAUGCUGGGAGUGAUGAUGGCUCUGCUGGUCCUGCUGACGAUCAUGAUGUGUGUGUCGUAUGAGAAGCUGGUGGAGCCUCGGGUGGUGGAGCACGCAGACAACUACGAGGAGGACUGAGAUGCUGUACUGGGGCUCUUACAGGAAGUAGUAUGAAGGCUCAAGGAGGCUCUGAAGGCUUUGGACUACAUAGAGCUCAUGAUGCAACUCCAUUGGAGUAUUGCGGUAUGCUGACCCAGGUGGACCUGCAGCCUUGUAACCUGAGCCUCACUGCACCUGCUCAGAAGAUUGGGCCUGACAACACGCAACACUGAGAAAUCCUGGCCAGUGGCUGGAUAUGUUUUAAUGUUUCCUGUGGAAACAAGACAGGGUUUUGGGUGGGGGAGUCAUGUGUAAUGUGCCAUUUGCAAUAUAGAAAUGACUGCAACUUGUGCAGUCUGUCUGAGCUGGAAAAUGGCUGUUUGGGCAUCAGUACGUGGCAGUUAUUAGCUGGUCAUUGAAUGUACUGAUGUAUGGAUCUAGGGAAAUGCAACAGUUAAUGGUCCAUGUAUUUGAAUAGCUGUUUAAAACUCGCAAUACCCCUUGUGGACACAGGGGGGUGCUGGUACCCUUUGAAAAAGGCUGUAAGAACCCAUGAUGACACGUACUACUAUGUUGUGAUAUGCCACAUUGCAUAAACUCUCACCCUCCCCUGCUUCUCCACUGAUGGCACUGAGUGAUGUGAUCCUGCUGUGGUUUGAUACACUGCUUAGUAGUAUUUUAUAUCAUAAAGACACAGAUGAACACUUUUUUACAAGUUGAAUAUGCAUUUGGAGGUAUUCCAAGUGAUCAUUGAGUUUUUGUUUUAUAAUUUUUAUUACUGGAAUAACAUUUUUGCUUAGCUGCUUAACCAAUGGUGAUAUAUUUUGGAAUAUUUAUUUAUUUAUGGGCAACUUGGUGAGCACUCGGUCUGCUGCACAUGCUGUCGGUGAAACAUAUAUGUUCCAAAGAGCAAUACACUGUACAACAAACAUAUUCUUGUCAAAUAUAAUAAAGGACAUAUU